UGAAUUAUAUUGGGCUGGGAUGGGCCCACCCAAAUGGGUUAUCCUCCUUUCUUGGCAUUCACAUCUUCAUCAUGGCUUAUUUCCAGACUGUUACUCGUUCAUAUACCAAGGUUGACACCUCCAAGGGUAUCGACACCACUCAAUUUCUUGAAGCCACCGAGGGUGUUGUCAAGCUUUUCGAUGCUUUUGGUUCCGCCGCGUUCUCCGUAGUGCAAAACGAUAUGAAUGGCAACAUCAAGAAAAUCAGAGAACGCUUCUUGUCCAACCCCACGGCCAACGAUACCUUGGAAAACUUGACCGCCACCGAAGCACCUGAAAAGAAGCGUGUGGCAACCGAGGGAUUGUUGUGGUUGACACGUGGUCUGGAUUUCACCGCACGCGCGCUUCGUCGCAAUAUCGAUAACCCUGCCGAGGAAUUGAAUAUCUCCUUCACCAAAUCAUAUGAAGAAACCUUGAAGAAACAUCAUAGUUUUGUUGUGCGUCCUGUGUUCACUCUUGCCAUGAAAGCUUGCCCUUACCGCAAGGACUUUUACGAAAAGAUUGGUGUUGCUACCGAUGCGGACAAGAAGGAGAUGGAGGAAUGGCUUUGUGCUUUGGAGAAAAUCAUUACCACCAUUAAUACGCUCUUCACUAACCAUCCCGAAUACAUCAAGGGCAUGUAAAAUAAAGAAAAUAACCGAUUUACCAUAAUAAGCAAAACCCAUCCAAUGACGUUUUAUUGCAAAUGAACAACUCUCCAAAUUUAUCUCAACC